CAGCAGCCUUUGGAGCUGGGAGGCAUCAGAGCCACUGUCCAUCUGGAGUGUCUUUGCUGCUUCAGCAGGACCAACUCCGCUGCAAGUGUCAUCAUCACUGCCUCCACUCCAAGCCACUGCUGCCAGGCAUCAUGGGCUUCUGGAAGUUCUUCCCCUUCUUGGCUCUUAGCAUCUUGGUCCUGUACCCGGCGGGUAUCUUCCAGGCAGCACUGUUCAGUGAAGGAGAAGGGGAAUUUCUAGCGGAUGCGCUGAUGAAGGACCAUGGGAAGAGGAUGGCCAGUGAGCAGAAGCAGGAGACCGAGGACUUCAGUGUCACUGUCCAGAAAAGGGCCUGCCACUUUUCUACCUGCAUGUUGGGUAGCCUGGCGGAUUAUCUGAGCAAAGCUGCGCAGAAGAACAAAUCCAUGGAAAACAACCUUCUCCCUGAAUCCAUGGGCCGUCGCCGCAGGUACCUUCAGUCCUGA